CAACCUGGAAUUAAGGAGAAACUUCCUAACAGUGAGGACAAUUAACCAGUAGAACAGAGGUUUUUAAGAAGAGACGGGGUAGUAACGUCUCUGAAUUGGUACUAUAGAGUCUCCUGCUUGAGCUGGACUAGAAAGAACACCAAGACCCCUUCCAGUUCUGUUCUAUUUUAAGUGGAGACCGGAAAGGGGAGGGCGAAAAAAAGGCAAGCGAAUCAAGAUUUGGGCGCGAGAUUCAAAUUCGAAAAGAGCCAAUGGGGAGAGAGGGCGCGGGUAUAAAUUCCCAGGAAGAGCGCCUCACUCCUCAAAGCUCCGCUCCUUCGCUGGGAUGGCUCGCACCAAGCAAACGGCCCGCAAGUCGACCGGCGGGAAGGCGCCCCGCAAGCAGCUGGCCACCAAGGCGGCGCGGAAGAGCGCGCCGGCCACGGGCGGCGUGAAGAAGCCUCACCGCUACCGGCCCGGCACGGUGGCCCUGCGCGAGAUCCGCCGCUACCAGAAGUCGACGGAGCUGCUGAUCCGCAAGCUGCCCUUCCAGCGGCUGGUGCGCGAGAUCGCGCAGGACUUCAAGACCGACCUGCGCUUCCAGAGCUCGGCCGUGAUGGCGCUGCAGGAGGCGAGCGAGGCCUACCUGGUGGGCCUCUUCGAGGACACCAACCUGUGCGCCAUCCACGCCAAGCGCGUCACCAUCAUGCCCAAGGACAUCCAGCUGGCCCGCCGCAUCCGCGGGGAGAGGGCGUGA